UCUCUGUCAUAAAAACAAACCACCACUACUACCACCCUGACCAUCCUCAAAUUUUUUUUUUACUCGGAGAGAAAAUAUGGGAAAAGAAAACUCAGGAAUCCCAAACAAACCCCAUUCUCUGUCUACUCUGUUUUUGCUUUGGUGGAGUUGAGCUAGCGAGACAAAGUGAGUGAGUGUGUGUGUGUGUGUGUGUGUGUGAGUGUGUGUGUUUGGAAACUGGUUUACGCCGAGCCGGCAUUUGGGUUCUUUCUGCAUCUGAGCUAGCCUAAGACUAGAACCAGCCAUGGCUGCAGCCUUGGAGUGUUGGUCGAGCCGAGCUAGUACGGACGAGGAUAUGGUGGAGCAGGUGUUGAUGAGGACCCAAGACAGAUCCGAAGGGGCUCUGACGGAGAGCUCAUCGGGUGCCGGAGUUAAAGAGUCUUCGGCUAUGCAGAAGAGGCUUCAGAGGCUGAGUCGGAACGUAUCCGAGGCUAUCGCAUCUCUUAAGAACUCGCUGAAUCUCGACUCGGCACGUGACCCGCCUCCGUCUUCGACCGCCAAGGUCGAGAGCUGCAGGAAAGUCGUUUGGUGCAGUGUGGUACGGAACCUGACGCAGCUCUACCCUGGUAGUCAGCUACCGGAGAAGCUCGUUUCCAACAUUCGCAAGCAUUACGAUUCGUUGCCACUGAGUUAUGCUCAGGCCGAAUUUGACAUGAAAGAAGUGUUUCUUCAUAUUAAAUUGAUAGAGCAGGCAGCUUUGGAUGACCACCCUGCCUUAUUGAUUCAGGAAGUAUCUGAUGAUGAAAUUCAGGGGCCUGGUUACAAGCUCACAUUUGCUUGCAACUCUUCUAUUUCAUGGCCUGUAAUGUCCGGUGCACUUGAUAAUGCCUCCAUUUGCUGCAAGAAAAUCCAGCUCUUUGAGAAGAAGGGGUCUACUCUAGGCAUCGUUCUUCUUCUGGUCCAAGCUGGGCAAGAGAAAUCAUUCAAGACCCGGGUUGAAAAUGCACUCAAAUCAGCUAUCAGGAAACCCAAACCCACUUCGGUGAAGCUUCCAUUCGGGCUUUGUGGGUGUCAGGAAGAAAAUACCAGGGGUAGAGAACUGGGAGAGAUUGAGGAGGACGUUGGGGAACAAAAUAUUAGAAAUGGAAUUGACAAUUCAAGCCACAAGGUUCAGCUUCAGAUGCCUCUACCCACUUCGUCGUUUGUUGUAUCAGUUGAUGAAUGGCAGACGGUCCAAUCAGCUGUGGAUGAAAUAGGGAAAUGGUUGUUGAACUCUGAUAAUGUUGAGUUUGUCGACCAGAUAGGACCAAGCUCAUUCAAAGGAGUUUACAAGGGAAAACGGGUUGGAAUUGAGAAGCUUAAAGGAUGUGAAAAAGGAAAUGCGUAUGACUUUGAGCUCCGUAAAGAUCUUUUGGAGCUCAUGACAUGUGGGCAUAAGAAUAUUUUGCAAUUCUAUGGUGUUUGUGUUGAUGAGAAUCAUGGGUUGUGUGUUGUGACGAAGUUGAUGGAAGGUGGAUCUGUUCAUGACUUAAUGCUUAAAAACAAGAAGCUUCAGACUAAGGAAAUAAUAAGAAUCGCUGCUGAUGUAGCAGAGGGAAUCAAAUUCAUUAAUGACCAUGGAAUUGCAUAUAGAGAUCUCAACACACAGAGGAUCUUAUUGGAUCGACAUGGGAAUGCUUGCUUAGGUGAUAUGGGUAUCAUAGCUGCGUGCAAGAGCGUUGGCGAGGCAAUGGAGUAUGAGACUGACGGUUAUCGGUGGCUUGCUCCGGAGAUUAUUGCUGGUGAUCCAGAGUGUGUAUCCGAGACAUGGAUGAGUAAUGUAUAUAGUUUUGGGAUGGUUAUCUGGGAGAUGGUGACCGGUGAGGCAGCCUAUUCUGCAUUUUCACCAGUGCAAGCAGCAGUUGGUAUAGCUGCUUGUGGCCUUAGACCUGAUAUUCCGAAGGACUGUCCUCAAAUGCUGAAAUCUUUGAUGACCAAGUGCUGGAACAACUGCCCAUCAAAGCGCCCUCAGUUUUCCGAAAUCCUAUCAAUACUGCUGCGACCAAACAAUAACAACAACAACAACAGUAAUAGGUAAACAGUAAACGACCUUUACUGUCUCAUGGAACAUAAUAUGCCAUUCUAUUAAUGCAAUCCCUUCUCAUGUAGGAGCUGCUAUGCAUAAAUUGUAGAUGCAAAAGCUUUUUUUCUUGGAAAUGAAGAUAAAUCAAUUCCUCUUUUACUGUAGUUCUAUGGAAAAAGCAUUAUAAAUAUAUAUAUAUCUAUACAUAUAUAUAAUUUUUUUUCUAUGGUUCA